AGCAGAAGUAUCUACUUUAAAGUCAAACAUAAAACAACAAAUUGUAAAGGUUAAACCAACUUCUAUGGAAGUUAUUCUAACAUACACAUACAAAACUUCAAAUAAAAAUAGUAUAAUGACAGAAGUUGAAAAUAUAAACUUCUCAUAUAAAAAAAACUUUAGAGAAAAUGAAAACACUAGUAAUAUAGAAGAAAACAAGCAGGCUAUAAUUAGAACAACUUUACUAAAUAACAAAUAUAGAGUUCUAGAUUAUAGUCUAGAGAAACAAGUCACUGAGAAGACAAAUAAGGACUCUAAAACUAAAUGA